CAGGGCCUCAGCUGAUACCUAUGGAGUCGUACAGUGCUCUAGAACUCUUUCAGCUGUAUCUUUCACCCUCAGUAUGCCAGACGAUUAUUCAGAAUUUGAAUGUCUAUGCAGAACAAAAUCAAGAUGCUGCAAGAAAGCCAUGGCAGAACAUGUCCGUAGAGGAUCUAUACUCCUACCUGUCAGUAGUAAUCUACAUGGGUCUGGUAAAAGUUCCUGGUCUGACGGAUUACUGGAAUGGGUCCAGACUCUACAGAAUAGGCUUUCCAGCAAGUGUAAUUUCAGGCAGGAAAUUUCUUGCAAUAUCAUCGGCACUGCAUCUCAGUGAUCCAAAAAAGGAUGCUGAGAACAUGAAAAAAAAAGGAACACCUGCCUAUGAUCGCCUUGGCAAACUGAAGCCGGUCUAUCAGCAGAUACGUGAUGCCUGCAAGACCUUCUUCCAUCCUCAUCAGAACAUUGCAGUAGACGAACGGAUGGUGGCAUCAAAGGCGAUAAUUGGGCUAAAACAAUAUCUGAAGGAGAAGCCAACAAAAUUGGGGUACAAACUUUUUGUUUUAGCCUAUUCCACAUAUGGCUACACAUGGGAUUUUUUUUAUCUAUGAGGGCAAAUCCCCUGUGGCACAAGCAGAACAAAAUAAAGGACUCAGCUAUGAAUCAGUGAUGGCGCUGGUGGAUGAGAAAAUCUUAGGAACAGGCUACAAGCUGUAUGUGGACAAUUUCUACACCAGCCCAACACUGUUCAGAGACCUCCUCCAGAAGGGCAUCUGGGCCUGUUCGCAGCAACCGGGUGGGCUUCCCGCAAGCCACUGACAACAGACUGCCCAGAAAUGCUCCACGUGGGAGUAUGAGGUGGAUACGCAAGGACAAGCUACUGUUUGUUGAAUGUAAGGACACCAGGGAGGUGCUCAUGUGCUCCUCCUUCCAUUCAGCAAAUGGAGACCGCACAGUACAGAGGAGGAUGAGGACGAGAAGUGGAGAAUGGACGGAGCUGACUGUUCCUAUACCUGCUGCAGUGGCUGACUAUAACAAGAACAUGGGAGGAGUUGAUCUCUCCGAUGCCCUCAUCGGCUAUUACACUGUUCUCCGAAAGACCAGGAAGUGGUACCGUGCCCUAUUCUACCACUUCAUUGAUAUCGCUGUGGUGAAUGCGUUCAUCAUUCAUCAGCAGAUGGCUCUAGCACGGAACCAAAAACCCAAAACACAAAGAGAGUUCCGUGAAGCCCUGGUUCUGGAGCUUGCUGAUUGGAAUGAUCCUGCUACUUCUGCACCCCUUGAUCCUUCUGCCCCUACUGCUGCAGCUCAAAUUACAGGAGGACCCUUGGGCAAUGCAUGCCACAGGCCCAAAUACAUCACAGAAAUCGGUGAUGAUACAAAGAGGAGAUGCAGAGUGUGCCACCAAAAAACACUCGUUAUCUGCCAGGCAUGCAAUGCACAGCUGUGUUUCCAGGCAACAAGAGACUGUUUCAACCCCUGGCAUGAUGAGCACAAUUUGUAG